AUGAGCAGCUCAAACUCUCCAUUCAAAGCCAUAAUCGUAGGCGGAGGCCCGAUAGGGCUUGCAGCCGCGCACGCCCUUCAUCUGGCCGAUAUCGACUUUGUCGUCCUUGAGCGCCGACCCGCCAUCUUCGAAGAUAGGGGCGCUAGUCUCAUCGUCCACCCUCAUACCCUCCGAGUGCUGCAUCAGUUUGGUAUCCUAGACGAGUUGUUACCACGCGGCGCGGAAUUGAAGCAUCAUCUGUCUUUUACAGCCGAUGGUCACGUCUUCAGCGAGGGGAAUCGGUAUAGGCUGAUACGUGAGAAUCACGGGCAUGGCCCAGUCGCAUUCCACCGCGCCGAGUUGAUUGAAAUUAUGUACAACGGCCUCCCGAAACCGGCUAAGGAAAAGAUUCUAACGGACAAAAAACUGACGAGCAUUACAACAACGCAAGAUGGAGUCACCGCGACCUGCGCCGACGGCAGCGUCUUUCACGGCUCAAUCGUCAUUGGCGCGGACGGCGUCUACAGCAGGACACGCCAAGUAAUGCGCAACCUUGCUCUGAAAGAGAACUCGACUCGACCGUGGGACCCCCCACACCCAUACACGGCGACAUACCAGCUUAUAUACGGGUCGUUCCCUUCACCUUCGCCGGCUGGUCAGGGGUACGAUACCCAGUCGAAGGGGAAGUCGAUAAUGUACUUCAGCGGGCCGGAGCGUGGCUGGUUCUUCCUGUAUAAGAGGCUAGCGAGGCCCACAAGCGACCGGACGAAUUAUACAGAGAAGGAGAUAGACGCUCUCGCGGCGGAGUUUGCCGAAUUCCCGCUGACGAAGACGGUCAAGGUUAAGGAUGUAUGGCCGCGGAUGUUAGGGGCUGGUCUGACAAAUCUGGAUGAGGGGAUUGCCAAACACUGGAGCUUCGGGCGCAUUGUACUUGUUGGUGAUGCGUGCCACAAGAUGACCACGCAUCUGGGACUGGGGUUUAACCACGGGAUUCAGGAUGUGGUGGUGCUGUGCAAUAGCCUCCGGAAGGCUCUUCAGGCAGCGCCUGAUCGUAUGGGUCCCGAUACUGAGGCUCUUACAGGGCUCUUUGAGAAAUACCAGGCUGUCCGAAUGAGCUCUGUGUGCUCGCUUGAGGGAGAUGUUCUGAAGUCUGGACUUGAGACGCGGUUGCAUGCGUGGCAUAAUGUCUGGUACUAUCUGCUUUCGUGGUACCUGCUAGCGCUGAACGUGGUUGAGAACUUAUUCAUGAGGUUUGUUAUGGCGCCGGAGUUUCGCAAGGGGCAAGUGUUGGAUUAUGUGACCAGGGAGGAGCGGAUGAAAGGCAAGAUUAGUUGGAUAUAUCCUAUGAGUUAUCAGGCCAAGAAGGAGGACUAG